UCUUGAUACUUCGUGUAGCCGGAUAACCUCGAAAGCAGAUUCUCUUCGCGAUAAUUGAGAUCUAAUAAUGGUUAUUAGCGGAAUCUAGAUGGGGACAUAGGCAAUAGUUAACGUUAGGUAGGUAGGUAGUUAUCGGUCGUUUGAUGGGAUGACUAAGCAAACAUCGGGGAUUUGCUGCUCCGAUUGGGACAACUUGACAACUCGCCCCUCUACCUCGAGAAGCCGACAGCUUGUACAAUGGCGUCCGAGACGGACGAUCCACGAACCUUCCAGACUUGGGAGGAUGCCUUCCAAUAUCCUGUUCCUGUUGUUAGGAAGCUUGAGCAGCAGCUCAGAAGCAAUGGGAGCGAGAAUCGGGAGAAGCUGCGUUCCCUUGUCGGAGCGAGCUACCGCGAUUUACUCUCUACCGCAGAGAUGAUCAUUGACAUGGAAGAUCGCAUGUCUACAGUCGAAACCCAGGUUGCGCGCAUUAGUCGGAAUUGCAACACGAGGAACAUCGAUCGCAUCGCCAGCAACGCAGCGAAAUUGCAGCAGCAUAGCCGGACUCAGGAUGCAGUACGAUACACAUUUGCUUCGCAGAUCGCGGUAUUAAGGAGUUGUCCCGUCGUCAUAGCCAGGUUACUGGAGAAGGGAGAAGGGCUACUUGUUCCCGCCAAAGUGUUGGUCAUUGGAAGGCUUCUACACAAGGCCCUAUCACAAUCGAGUAGGAAGGCCGAGAUUAUCGAUAAAUUAAGGGAUAGGCUUGGAUCACUGAGAGGAAAACUGUUGCGCCGCAUCGACGACAGAUUGCUCAGUAAAAGCGAGACAGGCCAUGCCAGCAGUACCGAUGGAAUAAACUCGCUCGUGGAAACGCUGUGUGCCUAUUCUUUAGCCACCACAUCUGCCCCCACAUUUGUGUUACGGCAUUUCCUCGACGCUAGAAAAGAAGAGAUCAUCAGAUCCGUCCGACAGGUGGAAGGGCUCAAGGAAAAUGCAGUUUCGGCUUUGAAGCUUUGUGUGCAGACUUGCCUUGACACACAAAGCGUGUUCCCUAGACGAUUAGCUGACUCUUUGUUGAAACUCAAGUCGCAGCAUCUUGUCCAGGAUCCUGACGUACGUGCUUUAUAUGAGCUCAACCUCGACAUCCACGAUAAAUGGAUUGGCCAAGAAGCAAGGAACUAUACCCCGCAACCUCGACAUGAUGAAUUGCAACGCACCGACGCUGAGAAAUUGCUCCAAUCCUGGUCUAAGGAUGUGAUUGCUGCAUUUUUGAAAGAGAUCAGAGCUACACUCGAAUCAGUAAACGAUCUAAAUGAAGUCGCAGAACUCAGGCAAGAAUUAAUUGAGACCUGGAUCGGCAGUGGCUCAAGGAUGGUCGGCGUAAAGAGCAGGAAUGUACUUGAUGAUCUACGGGACAUCUUGAAUACUCGAUUGGAAAGCAUUAUGAGAAUAAGAGCGCAGGCAUUGAAGGCUGUUGUUGACCGCAUAUCGUCCGCACUGUCAGCGCCUACUAGUUUGAAAGAUGCGUCGGAUGAAUCCCUAUGGACCACGACUCUACCUGAUUUGUCAGAUGGCGCCCGGGUCUUCAAGACAAGUGUGGUGAACACGUACCACGGUCGCGACCGUGCGGUGCUCGAGAUCGUGGGCGCAUAUGAAAAAUGGGUGGAUUCUUUCCUCGAAGUCAAAGCAAUCAUCAAGUCAAUGAAGGAGGCACGGUGGGACGAUCCGUUCACGGAAGAAGUAGAUCUCGAAGAUUCGGACGAUGAUUUCGACAACACGAAACAAGUGUUACUCAGCGCUGAUGACCCGCAGUUGUUGGAAGAGACAAGUCGUGAUUCGUUACAGCAGGCAUUGAAGGUCUUGGGAAAAGAAUUCUCUAAGUUUGCAGUUCAGAGCACAGAGAACCAAGAGAAGCUGGAUCUCGGAAAGGUCACAUUCCUCUUACGCGUCAUCCGUGAGAUAUGUGACCGCGUCCCAGGUCUGCGGCUCAAUGAGCGUUCGACAGACUUGGACAUGCCAUUCGGCGAAGAUACAUUGAAACCUCUACAUUCUGCUCUCGCACAACAUAUUAUCAAAUCGCCCCUGAAGACCUAUCAUCAAGCGGUCCUGGGUAUUGCAAACCGGAAAUCAAAGAGCGAUAUUCUCUGGGAAGGUGCUCCAUCGCUACCCGCUCAACCUUCGCCUGCUGCGUUUCGAUUUUUGCAGCAAUUGGUUCGGACCAUGGGCGGAUUUGGUAGUGAUCUUUGGGCUCCGCAUUGUGUCCAUAUCCUCAAGAGCGCUGCACAUCAAAAUAUCGUCGAAACAUGGCGCGAGUGUGGCAAGCAAGAGGAAAAUCAAAGCGACGAGGCCAAUGGCCGUGAAGAUGGCAAUUUAGAGAAGCAGAACGGAACUGCGGAUCCCCCUGAAGACUCUAAAGAUCCCCCACGCAGCUCAGAAAAGCCCAACUCCAAUGAGAUCAGACUUGUCAAGCAGAAACAACUCAUAUUCGACAUACUCUUUGUUGAAUGUUUCUUGGUCACGAGUGGACCCUCAGACAACACUAGAUUCUCCCUCGAAGACCUGUGCAAAGCUGCGGAAGUUGACGAGAGCGGGAGAAAGAGACUCAAGGAAAAGGCACUUGAAUAUCAUAAGAAGACUUAUUUGCUUUUCGCAUUGUUGGCUUGAAGCGCUUUCCAACCAAAUAUACCCCUGCUAUUUGUAGCAUUUCACUUGCCUAGCAUACAAAGGAAGAAAUAGAGUCAAUCUCAUAAAUGACCGCUCA